AUGGCCGGUAAGAAGAAAGGCAAGGUCGCGGAUCAAGCGCUCAGCGCCAAAGAGAUACAGAAGAUCAAGAACAGCAUGGCGGAGUUCGUUAAAGACCCGUCUUCGAAGACCGAGCACUGGGCCACACUAGCUGAACCCAAGAAACCAGCUGCUAAUAAACUCUACGAUGAGUUGAUUCGUAGCGGCGACUAUCACGGUGACCCUAAUGAUACCACUAGACCGGCGACUGCUGGAGCGAGCGGACCAGCUGCUACGACAGGAAAUCCCAAUGCCUCUCUACCUGUCUCUGGAACUAAUGUAGCAGCCGCCCCCCAGGGUCCCAUCAUAUCUACUGGCGACGGAGGGAAUGCUUCUGAGACCGAAGACUCUGACGAAGAGACUACAUCAGAUAGAGCGAAUGCUCAAAGCCUCGUUAUUAAAGUCAACACUGAUCGACGAAUGCCGGAUGCGAGCGAAGCUGUAUCACUGAACAGUGAAGGCGCAAACUGGGCUGUUGACGAAUGGAAACUGUAUGAUAAGUACCAAAUGCUCACCGAGAGCGGCCGGGAAACUCCGUUCCCCAUUCGAUCCGGUUUCCAGGACGGCGGACCGAACGUAUUCACAAACCGCUUCCGUGUCGACAUCAAGCCCAAAGUAGUCCUCCAUGAGUUCGAGAUCGUCGGUAUGCCUUCCGGAGUAUCGCGUAGAAUGAAGAAGUUCUACGUUGAUACAGCAAUCGACAAGUCAACAAUACUCCAGAACAACAAGGACUACUUCGCAACGGAUUACAACAAAACCAUCAUUACUUGGAAGGACCUUCGAACAGAACUCAACGAAGGAACCAAGUGGAGUAAGAAACACAGCGGAUGGCACCUUGUCGAUAUCAAAGAUGGUGAAUAUCAUAUGCUGUCGCUCUACCUCAAGCACAUACGCGUCGUGGAUACCGGAACGCUAGAGCGAUACGUCAAAUCGGAUACAGGCGAUGAUGGCUGGAACCCCCUUACUUGGAAUCAACAAGCAGACGACAACAGCCCCAACAAAGACACUGUCAUCAACGCUCUCAACAUCGUCAUCUCCAAGUGCUUUGAAGGCGGCGUUUUUCGGUUGGGCGCAAACAAGUUCUUCAUCGAAGCUGGUAAUGUGCCUUUAGUCGGUAGUCCUCUUUCCACUAUCCGCGGUUACUUUUACUCCAUACGUCCUGGCAUGGGUCAUAUCCUUCUGAAUGUCAACGCCUGUACGAGUGCUUUUUUGCAGCCUGUAACGCUCGAUGUACUCAUGAGCACAGCAAGCCAGAAGCUGUUUGGGAAAGACUACCCUAGUUUCCUUACUGGUCUCCGUGUUUACAUCGACUACACCCGCGGCGAUACUGAGAAAGCCCAGAGUUCCGACAUGAACAAGGAUGAGUCGAGGAUAAAGAAGAUAUGUGGAUUGGGUUUGGCUUGCAACAAGCAAAAGUUCAAUCUCAAGAUAAGAAACGACGAAGGCCAAGUCGUGGAUGAGCAGCAGAAAGAUGUCGCAACCUAUUUGCUUGACAGAUACGGUAUGGACUUACAACAUCCGGAGUUGCCCGCGGUGAACUUGGGAAGUCGGCAAAGGGAGACCUGGUUCGCACCCGAGAAGUUGGUUGUCAUGCCAUACCAGAUUUACUCGCGCACAGUACCAGGAAACCUGAUGGGAGGCAUGCAUGCAGUUGCUUGUAGGAUGCCGGAGAUCAAUCGUGGACUGAUCGAAGGCGAAGGCAUGAGUAAGCUGCGGAUCAAUGCUAGCCCGGUACCGCCUGAGCUUCAAUCAAUACCCAUCACGGUCAGCUCGAAGAUGUUUGUUGUACCAUCGACCACACUGAAGAACCCGAAGAUCAAGUACGGCAGUAACCAAAGCUUCAUCAUGGACGCUUCUGCUCAGUGGGACCUUGCGGACAAAGAGUUUCUUCACACGAGUUCCUCCGCGAAAAAGCCCGUCAUCAGAAAGUAUGUGGUCAUACACGAAAAGCGGGUGCCCGUCGACAGGGUUACACAAAUCAAGAACAACUUCGAGAGACAAAUGAGCAGCAGAAAUGUCGGCCAAGCUCAGAACCUGUGGACAGGCGCGAUCGAUCUCAGGAACAAGGCCCUCGUUCCAGACAUUUUGCGAGAAGAGCUUAAUGAAUCCAGAAAAAUCCAGGCUGACCUAGUCAUUCUCAUCCUUCAAAAUCGAGAUCAGGACGUCUACUCCUCCUUCAAGUACCUGGCCGACAGAAUCUUCGGGUUUCAUACGAUGGUUUUCGUUGAGAAGAGCAACUUCAGGAAGGGCUAUUGGAACGAGUCUGGUCUCGACCAGUAUGUUGGGAACAUUAUGAUGAAGGCCAACCUCAAGUUUGAGGGCAUCAACCAUACCGUGGAGUCCAGCAGUCCGAACUUCGGCAACAUCACCAAAACUUUGAAAGAUACCCUGGUCCUAGGUGCAGAUGUCACCCAUCCGAGCGGCGGAGCUUUACCUGGAUGUCCUUCAAUUGCUGCGGUCGUGGGCUCUGUUGAGAGUACAGGAGGCAAAUUCCUCGGAUCCAUCAGGCUACAGGGAGAGGCAAAUAAGGAAAUGAUCGACCCUGAGAAGCUCGCAGAUAUGGUAGCCGAGAGAGUAUCCGACUGGUACUACGAGAACCAGAACACCUACCCCAAGAACAUUCUCUACUAUCGCGAUGGAGUCUCGGACUCUCAAUUCAAGACCGUCAAGGAUGAAGAGUUGCCCUGCAUAGUCAAGGGCUUCAACGCCUUCGUCAAGCAGUCCAAGGACCAGGGUAAAGGCAAAGGCAAGGCAGUUGACCCUCCGAAGGUGAAGAUUACUGCGUUGGUCGUCACCAAGCGGCACCAUACACGCUUUUACCCGCAAGAUGUCAAAGACAGACAAGACGACAACCAUAACGGCAAGCCGGGGACACUUGUAGAGCGUGGUGUUACCUCACCCUACUUCGCCGACUUCUACUUGCAGUCACACAACGGCAUCAAGGGUACCGCAAAACCAGCACACUACUGGCUGUUGCAGAACGACAUGAAGAUGACCAGCAUGGACCUCCAGUAUCUGACCCACAACCUCUGCCACACCUACGUCCGCGCUACCAUGGGAGUCUCCUACGCCGCACCAGCCUACUACGCAGACAGACUAUGCGAACGAGCCCGCUGCUACAUCCGCAAAUUCCUCGUCCCCUCCGAAGAGGAUCGUAAAGACAUCGACGAUCUCCGCAAGCGAGAAGAGCGGGUCCGCGGUCUCUUGGCUCCCAAAAAGUACGACAAGGAAGUUGAGAAGAACAAGACGCGAGCGGAGCGAACAAAGGAGCGAGAGGAACUGAACAAGAAGAAAGAGGAAGUGGAAGAGGCGCUCAAGAAACAUGUCUUCGAUAAGGCGGUAGCGUCGUUCCGUGACGAUGUCAAUGAUCCGAACUACGAUCAACAGAAUCGGAAUCAGCUCUCGAAGACGAUGUACUGGAUGUGA